AUGAAAAUGGCGAAGAGCAAGACGGUUAAAGCGGCACCAAGUCAAGUCCCGGCAAAGAAAGGAGACUCUGCGGCCACAAGUCACAACAUGAAAGGGAAACGCAAAGCACAAGCACCUGAGGAAACUACCUCAUCCAAGAAAAGCAAAUUCCUCAAUGACGGUUAUUGUCUUUUCAUCGGCAACUUAAACAACUCCAAAACAUUUGACGAAGUCCGUUGUUCGUUAGAGAACUUCUUGAUGUCACAAAGUCUUCUGGUACAAAAUAUCAGAUUGGCUGCGUCCAGAACACACGCAUUUAUCGAUUUGGCAUCCGAAAUGGACGUGACUAAAGCCUUGUCGCUGGACGGAGAAAGCAUUCUUGGUCAGCCCGUGACUAUCGCUAAGCCCAAGGUCAAACCGGCGGACGAUGUGAAAAAAAAGGCGCCCAAGAUGGACAAGAAAGCUAAAGAUGCCAGAUGCUUGUUUUUGAAGAAUCUCCCUUAUGACGCAACAAGAAGAGACAUCCGGGAAAUUUUUACCAAGGCGAUUAGAAUUAGGUUUCCCGAUGGAGCUCAGAGACCAGAUAAAGGGAUUGCCUUUUUGGAGUUCAAAAAUGAAAAUGUAGCCAGCAAAAUCAGGGAGAGCAAACAGGGAGUCAAGCUCCAAGACCGGCUUCUCAUCAUCGACGCUGUGGGAGUGUCCCGAAAGGUCAAAGACCCAGUUCCUCCCAGCAGCACCCUCUUUGUGAGCAACCUGCCAUUCAAAGUCAAGGAAAAGAACGUGAAAAAAGUCUUUAAAAAAGCUCUAGCUAUCACCAUUCCAAAAAAAGACGGACAAACAAAAGGAUUUGCUUUUGUGGAUUUCGCCACCAUGGAAGACGCUCAGCAGGCCCUCCGGGCCGCCGCCGAUGUACAAAUCCUAAAGAGGCCGAUAAGAGUGGAGUUCGCUGCCGUCAAAGGGAGCGUGAAGAUUAGCGAUGUGCAGUCAAAAACACUGAUCGUACGCGGACUCGGCGACGAGACCACCGCAGACAUUCUUCGAGGCGCUUUCGAGGGUUGUCUCGCAGCGAGAAUCGCCACAGAUAAAAAGACAGGAAAGUCGAAAGGGUUCGGUUUCGUGGAGUACGAGAGUGAAGAAUUGUGCGUCGCCGCCAAAGAGGUCAUGGAGGACGGCGUGAUCAACGGAAGCAAAGUCAGCCUGGGUUACGCAAGGUUAAAAGCCAAAAGAGGUGCCGGCACCGGAGGGCGAACUGACGGGACGCGACGUGAUGUUGAAGAAGUAACAGCCCUGCCUGGCCUCUAA